AUGUCUUCUGCUCCCAAGGCUAAUGUCCCCAAGAUCGAUGUGUCACCCUUGUUUGGUGACAAUAUGGAGGAGAAGAUGAAGGUCGCGCGCGCGAUUGAUGCUGCCUCACGCGACACCGGUUUCUUCUACGCGAUCAACCAUGGAAUCGAUGUGAAUCGACUCUCGCAAAAGACCAAGGAAUUCCACAUGUCCAUUACAGAUGAAGAAAAAUGGGACCUUGCUAUUCGCGCCUACAAUAAGGAGCACCAGGACCAGAUCCGGGCUGGGUACUACUUGUCUAUUCCAGGCAAAAAGGCCGUGGAAUCCUUCUGUUAUCUGAAUCCUAAUUUCAAGACCGACCACCCUCGCAUCCAAUCGAAGACACCUACUCACGAGGUCAACGUGUGGCCCGACGAGACGAAGCACCCGGCUUCCGCGACUUCGCCGAGCAGUACUACUGGGAUGUGCAAGGAGGAGGACUUCUUCAGCCGCCACUUCAAGAAGGACGACGCUCUCUCAUCAGUCGUUCUUAUCCGUUACCCCUUCUUAGACCCCUACCCGCCCGCCGCCAUUAAGACCGCAGCGGAUGGCACCAAAUUGAGUUUUGAAUGGCAUGAAGAUGUGUCGCUCAUCACCGUCCUGUACCAGUCCAACGUGCAGAACCUGCAAGUGGAGACUCCUCAAGGUUACCUUGACAUUGAGGCAGACGACGCCGGCUACCUGAUCAACUGCGGCAGCUACAUGGCACACAUCACCAAUAACUACUACCCCGCCCCCAUUCACCGGACGGUCCAACCGUGGGACCCUCGGCACCCCGACGGCAAGACGGAGAAGGAGCCAGUGUCCUACGGCCAGUAUCUGCAGAACGGCUUGGUUAGUCUGAUCAACAAGAAUGGCCAGACCUAG